AUGUUUACACUGUUGAACUACUAUAUCAGAGCCCAAAUACCAGUGGUUUUGGAUUCAAGAAUCGACAGGUGUGGGUCUGGAGUGAGAGGUUGGUGGCGAGCGCCGGGCGUUCAUUGGAAGAGCGUACAGUUGGGACUGUACCCCAUUAGCACCGGUACUUCAGUUGAUUGGGUAUCGACUCGACCGACGGGGUCGUCCUCCUCAUCGAAAGAUCGCGUUAAGUCCAGUCUCUCGAGGAAGUCGGCGGCGAAGUACUGUUUGAGUGGUUCCUCAAGAGGUUGCCGGAGGAAGUCAUCCCAAUAUUGGGGUCGAGUCCGGCCGACGGACUUCAGAAAGCACCGGUAUGUGCCCAAAGUGACCACCGGUAAGAAGUUAUCCCUCUAUACGAAACUGAAACACGAGGAGCAGGUCAUGAAAUACCUGUCCAAACCAUACAUCACUCAAGAACAAGAGGAGGCGUACCUGAAGUCCGUCGGCCGGACUCGACCCCAAUAUUGGGAUGACUUCCUCCGGCAACCUCUUGAGGAACCACUCAAACAGUACUUCGCCGCCGACUUCCUCGAGAGACUGGACUUAACGCGAUCUUUCGAUGAGGAGGACUAAGAGGCCAUUGGAUACGAGUCAUAGAUAUUUGUGUUUAAUUCACGAAACAUUUGUAACAUUUUUGUGUAAAAUUAGAUGAUAUUUAAGUAUAAAUGAAGUCAUAGACAAACAAAAAAGC